CACUGGGCAUGGGCCCUGUUGUCCCAGUGGCUAAUCUGCCACUGCCUGCUUUGAAUAAAUCCACUGCACACCCAGGCAGAGCAGGGCCGAUUGUUCACUUGGGUAUUCCACUCAGGCAGGGCAGUGGUCCUUGCACACUCAGGAUCAUAGGUGAUUGCACACUCACUCACUGCAUGCUAGGGGUCACCCAUUAGGGAGCAGACCCUCUUGCACACUCAGGGGAAGCAGGGCUGCUUGCACACUCAGAGUCAUGGCACUGGGGGGGUCACAUUCAGGGGGAGCAGGGCCCCUGGCAAGGGCCCACGCAGGGGAAGCAGGACCUCACGCAGAGUCGGUCACACUCUGCCUAGGGCCCAUUGCAUAAGAGGCGAGCGGCAGAGCCCCACCUGCACAGCACGAGACCCUCACCUGUCCAACCCCCCAGCCGUAACCCAGCCGUGGGUGCUCCAGCCAAUCAUUAGCCGGGCAUGGCAUGGUGGCAGCUGUUUGCACCAAUGGGCGCGCAGUCUCCUCCAGCCAAUAGGCGGCAGCCCCGGACCUCCUCCUCCCGCUGGAGCCGGCUGCGGGGGCGGCUUCUCGCGAGGCUUCGCGGGGGCGAGGUCACAUGGGGCCCUCUGGGCCUAUCAGCGUGCCGAAGCGUGGAGCCGCCGAGGCUCCCGCCAAAUACGAGCGGGAGAAGCUGGCGCGCCCCGGUCCUUGCGGCCGCCGGGGGAGGAGCCAGGGCCGCGCUCCGCGGCCGGGAUAUGGCAGCCAUGGAGUGCAGAGACAAACCAGUUAUUCCCACAAGGAAACUAGUGCAAGCACGGUUGCCUUUCAAGCGUUUGAAUCCUGUACCAAAGGAGAAAUAUGACACAGGCAUGGAAGUCAAGAAAGCAAAGAGCUCACAAGAUGUUGUUGGUCAAAAUAAAGAUUCCAAUCUAGAUACAUCACCUGCAUCCUUGGACAAUAUGGAGAAUGACUGCCAGUUGGAUUCUGAAAUGCAAUUCACUCCCAAACUUGUUAACGGAAAGGGUCCGUUAGAUAACUUUGUACAGAAAAACAUGAAAAAUAACAUGAGAGAAACUGUACUCAUAUUUGACUUGACAGAGGACUCUAACCACACACUAAGUGAUGGCCUAGACCACAGUAAAUUAAAUUCAGAAGCAUCUUCAUCUGUAGAGACAACUAAUGGUAUGAUAAAAGAUACAAACCAGUCGACUCCAUUAAAGCCUGUUCAGAAUGCCCAAGUGGAUGUUUCAAUGGAUACCAAUCCAUCUUAUGAAGCUACUGCAAAUAAGUAUGAAGACUCAAUAGAUGUAACUAAAUCCUGUUCUGAAUUAUCAAAUACACAGUAUAAUAAUUUGGAGAAUGAGAGUGAACUCAAGGGUGUUAUAUUUGAGGGGAAGAUGCCUGUAGUAGUUCUGGAGGAUAUUAUGACUGUGAGAUCUCCCCGUGUUGUGUCUUUGGAAGGAAGUAUGACCUCAGAAAGUGAGACAAUGGAAUCUUCUCCUGAAGGAGACUCUAUACUUACUAAUUCCUCAUUAAGCUCCCCCUCUUCUACCAGCUCACCUGAGGCACAGAACAGGAGUGAUACUAGUCCUUUAGCUGCUUCAAUACCUGUUCAGAAGGUGCAUCAGAAAUUCCUCAAAGGCUCUGCUGAGAAGGAGAAGCUGAGAUCGCAAAGAGAUCAAGAACGUGCAGAUAAGCUGCAGAAGUUGCAAGCAGAAAAGGAGGAAAAAGGGAGGCUGAAAGAAGAGGCAAAAGCCGCAAAAGAGCGGGCCAAGGAAGAGGCAAAGAAGAAGAAGGAGGAAGAGAAAGAACUGAAAGAGAAGGAAAGGAGAGAGAAAAAGGAAAAAGAUGAAAAGGAAAAGGCUGAGAAGUUACGAGUGAAGGAGGAAAAACGCAAGGAGAGACAGGAAGCUUUAGAGGCAAAACUUGAAGAGAAAAGGAAGAAAGAGGAGGAGAAACGGUUAAAAGAGGAGGAAAAGCGCAUUAAUGCACAGAAGGCAGAAAUCACCAGGUUCUUUCAGAAACCAAAGACUCCACAAGCCCCCAAGACCCUUGCUGGCUCCUGUGGGAAAUUUGCUCCCUUUGAAAUUAAAGAGAACAUGGUCCUGGCUCCACUCUGUCGUGUUGCCUUUGAUCAGGACCUCUCAGAUCAGUUAGAUCAGCUCCUACAAGCACAGAAUAAUGACAUUUCUUUCUUGGAAGAACUAAAGUGCCGCAAGCCACAUAAAUCUGGACCUACCAUUGUCUGUUACCGCAGUGCUGACAUAGUCAACAGUGAUGUGGUGAUAGUGGAUAGCUGCAAAAUGGACAAUGUUCCCGAAAGGAAGAAGUUUGGCAGGAUGAAACUCCUACAGUUUUCUGAGAAUCAUCGACCUGCAUACUGGGGCACAUGGAAUAAGAAAACCACUGUCAUUCAUCCCAGGAAUCCCUGGUCAAAGGACAGUAAACUGCUCGACUAUGAGAUAGAUAGUGAUGAAGAGUGGGAAGAGGAAGAACCAGGAGAAUCUCUCUCUCACAGUGAAGGGGAUGAUGAGGAGGAGGGAGGAGAAGAUGAAGAUGAUGAUGAUGGCUUUUUUGUACCCCAUGGGUACCUAUCGGAGGAUGAAGGAGUGACAGAAGAGCAUGAUCCAGAGAAUCAAAAAGUUCGUCAGAAGCUGAAAGCAAAGGAGUGGGAUGAACUGAUAGCCAAGGGGAAGAGGUUCCAUGUUCUUCAGGCAGUGAAGAUUGGCUGUAUCUGGGAAACAGAAGAAAGCAAAAGCAGUGCCCAUGCAGACCUAAAGGUGCUUCAGCAGUUUGCAGUUUGUAUUCUGGAUUCAUCUGUUGCCGAGGAAGAGCAGAUGCAGAAAACGAGCAAAAAAAGGACAAAAGACCAGCAAAUCCUGGGACAACUGCUUCCGCUGCUCCAUGGGAAUGUCAAUGGAAGUAAAGUGAUCAUCCAUGAAUUCCAGGAGUGUUGCCGCCAAGGACUGUUCAGUGAAACGGCCCUUGCCCCAGAUAUUGGUGAUGCUAGUCCUACAAGUCCCAACACUUCCCGCCCGCAGACUCCAGUCAACGAGGACUCUGCUAUCCCUUCCAAAGCCAGACUAAAGCGAAUUAUUUCAGAGAACUCUGUGUAUGAGAAGAGACCUGAAUAUAGGAUGUGUUGGUAUGUCCACUCAGAGGUGCUGAAAAGCUUUGACCAAGAGCACCUUCCUGUUCCUUGUCAGUGGAACUACAUCACACCAGUCCUUUCUGCAGCCAAGGAGGACAAUAGCAGCGUACCAGGAGUGACAGUGAUACAAACCACUCCAGUUUCAGUAAAGAGGAAGUCCACAGGAAGCAUGUCUAUCACCAAGUUCAUGAAAAAACCUAGGGAUGCAGAACAGGCUGAAGUGGUGGAAAUGGAUGGGUUCCAGGCCGACACUGAAGAAGAGGAGGAAGAUGACUGCAUGAUUGUGGACAUACACCCAGGGAAAGAUUCUACAUCUGCAAUUCCUGAAACUGCUUCAGAAUCAGAUGGUGCAAUGGAGAUUGUCCCUAUGCAGAAGGCUAUUGCAGUUGGCCCAUCGAACGCAGUUUGAUCCUUAAUACCUACUAACCCCCUCUGUAUGUAUGUAGAAUUUUUAGGAUUUUAAACUUGUGUAUCUUUGUACAAGAUACUUGAAAGUAUUCCAUAUUUCUUGUAAAGAGAAGACAGCACUUUGGUCUAAAGCAGAACAGAUGAAAGCUUGAAAAUUUUAGUUUUAAUAUUUUUAGCUAAAAAUAUUGCAUAUUAAUCUGUCUUUAAUAAAGCAUUAUUGAAAUUGAUAUUUUGUAUGAAAGUAUCUAACUUGUGCUCGCUAAGCAAAGUUAGCUGUGUGAUCUUGCAAAUGUAAGCUUAAGACUUGCCUAUGGGCAUUACAGUCUGUUCAUAAUUCUGUAUAGCAUGGCUUUUGGGGCAUAAAUGGUGACGUGUACAAUUAUAUUUGAAUUUAUGCUACCAUUAUUUUGUCCUGUUUCUGGUCUGCCUUUCAUCACCAGGGAUGACUGUUCUGUGGGGGGAGGAAGAGCAUGUAUGUGAGGUGAUAUAGGCCAGCGUUUCUCAAUGACUGGUUCAUGGGCUGGCACGGGUCCCUGAGAUCUCCCUGACACUAGGAAGGCAGCAAGUUGGCCCCUGGCAUCAAAAAGGUUGACAUACUGGAAUAGGAUGAAACCAACUGAAUCCAGGUGAAGAGUUGAAGUGUCUGACAUACAGAUUUGUUUUAAAACCCUGAUUAUCUAUAUAAUUAGGCUUGGCAGAAUUUGAUUUUAUCAUUUUUGUUUAUUUUUAAGCUUUAUUAGUUUAAAACUUCAGUUGUGCAAAAUUGUGGGAAAUUAUGGGGAACAGAAUUAUUUAAUGACACAGAUUCAAAACGUUAAAGCUUGAAUGGUUAAAACACACAUUGUCAACAUGUCAAAAUAUACAAAGUAAAUGUCCUUAAACUGUUAACUAAAGUUCUCAAUUAAGUUUUUCUUAGGAAUAGAAAUAUUUUCUUUGGUUUGUGUAUAAUGACAUUGUUUACUGAGCAAAUCCUUCCAAGCCUAUACAUAAUCAGUGAUAUGCAUUUUUUUGCAUAUACAACUUCAGUGGGAGCUUAUCUAAAUUGAUCUAAAUUUUCAGGCUCUAUGCAUCUCAUGAUCUGCUUGCCAUUUGAAAGCCAGUGCUAUAAUAUGUUGACUCUAGGUAGGCAGGUAAAUGUAUACUCUGAAUCUCCAGAGCAUAUGAGGGAUGAUUUGACAGAUUUUUUUUGCUUGAUUUCUGCCAGACUACAUACUUGUCAUUGACUACACAGUUUCAUAGAUUUUUUUUUCUAAUGGCUAAAAAGGACCAUUAGA